GUCUAAAGCAAACGCACCCUGCUUAUUAAAAUAUUUCAUUGUAUUUUAUAAUAUUCAAAGGUCAACAUGUUUAAUAACUAAGUUUCAUUUUUAUUUUUUAAUUUAUAAAAAACUGAAUUAAACUUAAUUUUUGUGAAUUUUUAAUAUAAAUUAAUGGUGAAUCUGAAUAUUAUACAACCAUUGGCUACAAUUACAAAAUCUAAAAAAAAUAUUAAAUCAAUAGGGAAUUUAUGUUAUGUAAUCUGGUCGUUCUUAAUAUUGAUUAUAUUAUCAAAAAUCACUAGAAGACUUCACGAAUUGUAAUGUUUUGUAUUUGUCAUUUUGUGUACUAAAUAUAUUAAUUAAAAAAUAAUAUUUAAUAUUUUGUGUAUCUUAACACUAUAAGUAGUUAUCAUAAUGUACGGGAUUUUCUGAAUCAUAUUAAACAUUAUUAUUAUUUAUUGAUGGUUUUUAGCUUUAAAUUAUUGUAAAAAUGGCGUUGCAAUUUAAGAAACCCAAACGGAAUUUGCGAGUUAGAGAUUCUGAUGGCAUCUAUGAUAAUGAAAACGAAGAAAAAAUGGAUGUAGAUACAGUACUUAAGCUGCCAAAAUCAAAUAAAGAAAAAGGUUUAAAAAAAAUCAACACAUUGAGUUUUGGCGAUGAAUUAAAUGAGUGUAAGAAUUAUUGGAUUAAAUAUUUAAUAAUUAUUAUUUUUAUGGAACACCUAUAUUUUUUAAGGUGAUGAUGGUGAAGAGUUCAAAGUUAAAAAAUCAUCAUACAGUAAGAAAAUUAAAAAACAAAUGAAUAAAGAAAAAAUGAGUAAAGAUAAAAUAGAAAAUGGCAAGAAAUCUAAAGUUAUAAUGAGUGAUACUACAAUACCAACUGUGCGAGAAAAACAAACAAAUUUUAAUGUAAUUCAUAACUAUUUUUAGUUAGAUAAUUUGUACAGUAAAAUUCUUUAUAUUUAGUCAGAAUCUGUGGAGAAAGAAAUAAUGCUUACAGGCCGGGCUGCUGAAAUGGCGGGCUAUGAAUCAUCUGAUGAAGACGAUUCGUAUAACUCAUCCACACAUAAAUUUUCUAAUCCUGACCAAGUUAAAAUAUUAUUAAGAAGUGAGAGAAUCUUCUUCAAAUCUUUUGUUAAAAAUAAUUAAUUUAGUUUUUAAUGUAGUUUUAUAAACUAUAAACUUAUGUAGAUUACCAGGUAUUAUACAAAACAAGUGAAAGUUAAAUGUUGACUUGUAUUUAAUUUUCUAAGUGAACAUUUUAUUUUUAGAUGGUCAAAUUCCUGACGCAGCAUUAAUACAUGCUGCUAGAAAAAGUAGACAACAGGCACGUGAUUUAGGAGAAGAUUUUAUACCAAUAUCAUCACAGUCUCAUGGGUAUCUUAUAUUAAAUAAUACAUUAUAAUAAUUAUUAGAACUAAUAUUUUAUUUAAUCAAAUUCUUUUAAAUAUUUAGUGAAUCUAAUAUUGAAAAUGAACAAAUUACUGGUAGGCGUUUAACACGAGAAGAAGAUGAAUUAGAAGAUAGUGAUGAUGAUGGUAGAAUUAUCAUGUCUGGAAUUGUUAGUCAAGCUGAGGAUCGUAAAAAAAAUCUACAUAUUACUAUGGCUGGUAUGAAAAAUGAUAUUCACAUUUUUACAAACAUUUAUUAUAUCAAUAAUUUUGAUUUUAGAUCACACUACCAGUAGUGAUUUUCAAGAUCCUGAUGAACUUGAUGAAGAUAAUGAUUGGGAAACUCAACAGAUCAGGAAAGCAGUUACAGGAUCACAAUUAGCUGCAGCCCAACAAGAAUCUGCUAGUAUAGCCUCAAUAUACAAUAAUAUGAUUAUCCAAGAAGAAACAAUGAUACCAACAUUAGUCAAUCAAAAAGCUCGAUUUCUGGAUUCCUAUGUUCCACAAGGAUUGAUGUCUUCAAUGAGUCCAGAUGAUGUCAUCAAUAAAAUCGUAGAAAUGUAUAUUACACAAUGUGUUUAGUAAUUGAUUACUGUAUUAAAAUACAAUUCCAAUAUUUCAUAUAGAUUGAGUGAGAUGAAAGAAAAACGAAUUCCAGAAAAAAAGUAUUUUGAAGAUAUGAUAAAUGAAAUACCAGAAGUCAAGAAUAAAAUUGAAAUGCUUAAAAAAAGGGUUCCUGAGUUAGCGGAAUGUUUUCAGUUUUAUCAAGAUUUGCGUGGGUACGUCACUGAUCUGGUAGAAUGUCUUGAUGAAAAGGUAGGCGUGUUUUCUAGUUUUAGUGACGUUAUGCAAUAGACAAACAACUGUUAAAGAAAUUAUUGGAACUUUUUUGCUCUAAUAAUAUUAACAUGUGUUCUUUAAUAUAAUGUUUAUACUUUAAAAAACAUUUCCAAAAUCUUUUAAACAUUUAAACAUUUGGUAGAUGUAUAAAAGAAAAUUGGAUUUCAAAAACAUUCAAUAAAAAUUUCUAGGAGUCUUUAUAAUGGUUGGUUACUGUUUUCGUAUAGCUCACAUGUGUAUCUUUGUCAGUUUAAAUUUAAGAUAAAAUUUAAUUAUUUUUGUUUUGAUAUUAUAACAAUAACUAUUCAAGCCUAUUAAAUAAAUUUGUAAAUAAUUACAUAUUGUAAUACAUUUUUUCAUUAAAUUUGAUUUAUACUAUUAUGAUAAUACACGUCUUAAAGUAUAUGAAUACAUGGAUUUCUCUAUAUUAUUGUUCCAAAAUCUAAAUCCUUAUUUCAUAAAUUGAUUUACUAGUUGGUUAUGGAAAUUGUAUUUUAAGUGUUACAACAUUAUUAUGUUAUUCCCAUGUAUAAUAAUUUAUAAAAUAAUUUAGCAAUUUAAAUAUAUUCACCUUAGCAAAAUAUUCCUAAUCAUUAUUGAUAAUUUUUAAUUAUAAUUAAUUGUAUAACAUUUUAAUAUAUUAAAUUGCUAUUAUUAGAUUCCUAUUCUUGUGGGACUAGAACAACGUGUAUGUAAAUUGUAUGAAAAAAGACGUACAGAUCUAUUAAAUAGGCGUAGACAAGAUGUUCGAGAUCAAGCAGAUGAAGCUUCAUCUAAUAGUAAUUAGAUAAUCAGUGUAUAUUUAAAAAUUGUAAUAUUAAUCUUUUUAUAGAAUUAGGAAAUUCAUCAACUUCUCAUACAAGAUCUGAAGAACAACAGAGAAGAGCUGCAGAGCGUGAAGGUCGUCGUAUAAGACGUAUGAGAAUGAGAGAACUAAAAGCUAUAAGUAAACACGCAGAUGGUAUGUCUAGCGAUGAAGAAGUCCCUGAAACCGAUGCAUCUGCAUUUAGAUCUCAACUAGGUACUAGUAAUUAUAUGAAUUGAAAUAAUUUUAAACUGGUACUUAAUAUUAAUAACUAUGUUUAAAUGGUAUUUUAUUAUACAGAGGUUAUAAAAAGUGAUUCGAAUCUAUUAAUGGACGAUGUUCUUGAACAAUUUGCAUCAGUUGAUUUAGUUUUGAAACAAAUGUUAGAAUGGAAAAGAAAACAUCCGGACACUUAUGUAGAAGCAUAUGUUAAUGUGUGUUUACCAAAUAUGAUGGGACCUUUUGUUCGAAUUGAAAUGUUAACAUGGAAUCCAUUGGAGGUAUUUUCUCAUUGUUUUAACUAAUUGUAUUUUCAGUAUUAAUUAACAAGGUAUUUGAAAGAUCUUGUAUACUACACAAAUAAUUUUUUAGAGCGAUUUAAUGUUUGAAAAUAUGCUGUGGUACAAAAGUAUGCAAGAAUAUACAAUGAUGAGUGUAAAUAAUGUAGAACAAUUGUCAAAAGAUGUUGAUUUAGAACUAAUACCUAAAAUAAUAGAAAAAGUUGUACUUAAUAAAAUUGAUCGUAUGUACAGAGCUAAAAUCUUCAUAAAUUAUAAAUAUUAAAGAUAUGUAUUUGUUUAUUUCCAGAAAUGAUUACAAGUCAGUGGGAUCCACUAUCAUCAAAGCAAACAAAACAUAUUUCUUGCAUAAUUAAGCACAUCCUGGAUAACUAUCCUACUAUAGAUCCAGACAGUAAAUUUUUAAUGUUACUGUUAACCAAUUUAGUGACUAGAAUUCGAGAUGCUGUCGAUUAUGAUGUAUUUAUUCCUAUUUCAUCUAGACAGUGAGUUUAUGUUAAACAUUUUUCAAGUGAAAAUACUAUUAUGUGAUGAAUUUUACUUUCAGAAUUAUGAAUACUGGUCGUAUGAAUGUGUUUUUCCAGCGACAAUUCAACAUAGCUGUAAAACUUUUGAGUAAUAUACUUUAUUGGCAUCAAAUCAUUGAAGAUGCAGUGUUAAUUGAUUUAGCUGUAAAUCAAAUACUUAAUAGAUACUUAUUAACAUCUAUUAGAACUCUUCAGCCAUUAGAAGCCAUUUUAAAAAUUACAAUGGUAUAUUUAGUGACUGUGAUACAUUAUAAAAUAUUAAAUUUAAUAUUAUUAAAUUCAUAUUAAUAAUAAUAAAAAAAUAUUUAAUAUUUUUUAGAUCGCUCGAACACUACCUAGUUCAUGGUUGUCUUAUGGAAGUAAUACACCUAAAGAAUUAACUUCAUUUUUAAAUCAGUCAAAAUUAGUUGCAAUGGAAAUAGACAAAUCACAACCUCAAGCAAAGUAUGUUUGAAUUUUAUGAUAUUACUAUUUAUAAACAAUUAUCUACAUUGAUUGUUUUUCCCUCUGAAUAGUUUUAAAAUUGAAUUUGUUUUUUCUAUUAGGCAUGCUUUGGACAAACUAAAUGAAGUGCUCAAACUAUGAUUUUCCUUCUAAUUCAGUAAAUUGUCUAUAUUUUAAUAUACUGUGCAUAUCUAAAAAUAUGGUUAUUACAUUGUAUUUACAAAACUGUAAAUUAUUACAUUUUAAUUUAAUAUUGUACAUUGGAACUUGUUUUUAUACCAUCAAUAAAAAAUAUUUUUCUUUG